CGGCAUAAACAAAGUGAAAGUGCUGAAAUUUGCUGAACACACGAAGCGGGGUUGAAUCAAACACAGAGGGGGUGAGAGAGAGAGAGGAGAAAAGCCAUCAGCCCCCCUGAAGAUCAAUAAGCGGGCCACACCAGGAGCAGACAGAUGCAAGCCCUCAUCCCUCCCGCUCUGUCGCAUCCAUCCAUUCUGUUAUCCAUCCAUCAAUCUAUCCAUUCAUCUCUAAGGGCGGUUCAAGGGGUGUCGAGACCCGACGGACACAUGUUAUGUAGUGCGUAAGCGUGACCCCCCCCCCCCCUGUUUUUUUUACGCAUUUAUUUGCAUCUGUUUCGCGCUCGGAGCCGCUGACAUGAGGAGCUGAAACCGACACCGACACAAGGAUGAAAAUGCUCCGGUUUCGCAGCCCAAGCAUCCGCUCCUUGGACCAGGAGGUCCUCUGCAUGAUCCGAUUACUGGACGACUCUGAGAUCUCCUGCACCAUUCAGAAAGAGACCAAAGGCCAGUUCCUGUUGGACCAUGUGUGUAAUCACUACAACCUACUAGAGAAGGACUACUUUGGCAUUCGAUACGUAGAUCCUGAGAAACAAAGGCAUUGGCUGGAGCCCAAUAAGCCUGUGGUGAAGCAAAUGAAGUACACAUCAAGGCCUGACUACUGCCAGACUUGUGCCUUCAACAAUACAGCAGCUCUACAGCCAUACACAAUGUGCUUCCGGGUCAAGUUCUAUCCCCAUGAGCCAAUGAAAAUUAAGGAGGAGCUUACCAGAUAUCUCCUGUAUCUCCAGCUGAAGAGAGACAUCUACCACGGUCGCCUCCUGUGUCCCUUUGCUGAGGCUGCUUAUUUGGGAGCCUGCAUUGUACAGGCUGAGCUUGGAGACUACGACCCAGAGGAGCAUCCAUCAGACUACAUCAGAGACUUCAAGCUUUUCCCUAAACAGUCCCUCAAACUGGAGAGGAAGAUUAUGGAAAUACACAAAAAUGAGCUCAGGGGUCAGUGUGCAGCAUUGGCAGAGUUAAACAUGCUCCAAAGGGCACACAGCCUGGAAACGUAUGGGGUUGACCCCCACCCAUGCAAGGAUUUUACAGGCUCGACUGCCUUCCUGGGCUUCACAGCCACUGGGUUUGUUGUUUUCCAGGGAAACAAGAGGAUUCACCUCCUCAAAUGGGGUGACGUCAGCAAGCUAAAGUUUGAAGGCAAAACUUUUUAUGUCAUCGGUGUCCAGAAAGAGAAAAAGCUGGUGUUGACAUUUCACACCUCGACCCCUGCAGCGUGUAAGCACCUAUGGAAGUGUGGGGUGGAGAACCAGGCCUUUUACAAGUGUGCGAAGUCAAGUCAGAUAAAGACCGUCUCAAGCAGUAACAUCUUCUUCAAAGGCAGCAGGUUCAGAUACAGUGGAAGAGUAGCAAAGGAAGUGAUAGAGGCGAGCUCCAAGAUUCAGAGAGAACCACCAGAGGUUUGCAGAGCACAGUUUGGUCAGAGUAGAAGCUUUACCUCGCUGAGCCAUAAAAAUCUCAUCAUGAACAUGGAGCCUCUGGUACCUGCACUGCCAUCCACCAACGAAUACGAAGAGGCGGCAGACCCCGGUGUUGUAGCUGUAAAGGAUCCAGUUCUCCUGUCUUCUUUCGAACCCUCUGCAGCAGCCGCAGACAAAGAACAGCCGAGUGCAGAGAGAGGAAACUCUUCUUUGAUCAAUGAACUGCAACCUCACUGUGUUUCCCUGGAAACCUCAAAUCUCCCACCCCAAACACCCAAAGCUGAAGACGGACUGGAGGAAGAUGAAAAAGGCAGCGCUGCACUCACCAUCUCUGAACUCGAAUACAGCCCCUGCGCCAGCAUGCUCCCAACCCCAGUGGAAGACACUCAAGGAGGGGUCAACCAGCUCUUCUCCUCUUCUGUCCAGAGUCCCGCUAGGUUUCUGAGAGAGCUCCACGCCGACCCCGACAUCCAGGCCCAGUUGGAGGCCGAGAGGGAGCGAGAAGGCACAUACGAGUGCACUCGCCUGGGCGCCAGAAGUGGAAUGAGCGAAGUCCUGUCCAGCAGCCUGCACCUGCUGUCGUCUAAUGAGAGAGUCAACACCUGGGUACUGGGCAUAGCCAGGUUCGUUGCAGUGCUCACGGGUGUCCUGCUUAUCACUGUGCCCACACUUCUGCUGUUGCUGGAGUCAGACAUCGACGUGUCGUUUCUCCAUGAGAUCCGGCAGACGCCAGAGUUCGAGCAGUUCCACUACGAUUAUUACUGCCCACUCCGACGUUGGAUUUUGUGCAAGAUCAGCAUGGUCAUGGAGAACCUGUGGUCUGACUGAGGAAAAGGACAAGCAGAGGGAAAUAAGUGAAAAGAAAGAAAAAGAAAGCUGGGCCCAAAUGUCUGUCUAAACACGUGAUUUAAUCUGAUAUGUCUUCAAAAGUGAUGCCUCUUAGGGUAAAAGAUUAAUAUGAGAUAAAGUGAAAUUGCUUGUUCAAGAAUGAGUGUGUGUUAAACAAAUAUAUUUCUUUUACCUUUUUGGUGGAAUGAUUUACCUCUUACUAAAACUGAGACUAGAGAGGGAAAUCCUUCUUUAUCAUGAAGUUGAAUCACUUGAUAAGACUGACAUUUCCGGCAAGAAUUAACUGAGAAUAAAAAAGGGAAUUAAUGGAGGGAAGGAAAAUGAAAAAUAAAGUUGUUUUAUUGUUUUUAUUUUACUUUACAUUUUAAAGGCCUCUCCACUCCUGAUGCUGACAAGCAGAGGCAGAGACUCUACAGUAGGCUUCAAAAACAGAUUGGUGUUCAACAUUCGAACCAGAUCGCCUGAUUGGUUAUAGUCUGCCAGUCAUGAAGGAGUGGGUGGGAACUGAAAGAGAAGGAAAACCUUAUUUACCAGUAAACACAACAAAAACAACAGUCUGAGCAAAAGAUUAAAAAAAAAAAAAACUACACAAAUAUAUGGAAAAUUGCUAUCAAUAUUAAGUAAGUUGUUUUUAAAGUUUUGUACAUUUUUAUGUGAUUCAGAUCUUUCAAAAUUUUUCAGUCAGAAGAUCAACUUUGAGCUUAUUUUCAAAUUAAGAAUUUACAAAAGAUUAUUAAGAAAAAAAGCUAAUUUACUGUUAUUUAUCAGAAUGAUGGUUGUUGAGAAACUAUUUUUUUAAGACUACCACCAACAUGUUGUCUUUGUGGUAGUACCCUGGUUUUACUCCAGCAGAAGUCAGAGCACAAAUCUUCCAGCUUCAGCUUUUUCAGAUUAUUUGAUGUCAUUAAGAAGGAAAGCCGAGGAGAACAAACCAGUUUGUGAUAUUAGGAUGUCUUUUGUCGAACCUUAAGUGUUGUCUGAAUUAAAUGUUGUCUUAUGGGUUAGGUUUCAUCUUUCCAUAUGAUAAACGUUUAGCAAAUGCAGAAAAAAAAACCUAAAGAGAAAAGGUAGGUGUGGAAACUUCUAAAUAAUGAAACUUUUUGUUACUUUAUGAUUCAUGAUGUGUCAGUUUUAGAAGAAGCUUUGAGUAUGUGUCACUGGAAAGCGAAGAAACAAGAGUGUUGGAAAAUAUGUUGAGGAAACUGUCAUCAGUUUAUAGCCAGUAGAUGAGAGUAAGGCUUUAGAUUGGGUUGGUCAAAUGGUUCUCAUACUUUUUAUAGCAAGUGCCACCUUAUUGAACACCCUGCACUGUUGUAUUGACAAGCUGUUAAAAUUAUUGUGCAACAGCGGCUUUAGGUCAAUUCAUCUCUUCGCCACAUUACGUUACCUGUGAUCAAGCCAUUUUACACCAACCACCUCAAGUCUUGUUCAUCCUUGGGUAUUUCCAGAUGUCUGACAGCAUCAUGUUCAUCUGUUUAAACCAUUAUAUGCAAGUAUGAACAGCAAUCAUACCAUUCAUUAAUGAAACAUACCCUCUGACCUAAAACAGCAAAUGUUUAGUCAGAUUUAUUGUCAGUUACGAUUACUGAAGUUGUUUCCAGAUUUUCUAUGGUACUAAGAUCCGAGUUUUACUUUGCUGUCCUUAAGCUACUUUGUAACUGACCUGAUGGUGUGAUUAGAGUUGCUGUGCAUUUUAAAGACCCAUUUGUGCUCGAGAUUUUACUUCAUGGCUGAUGUCUUGAGAUGUUGCUUCAAUAAUUCUAUAUAAUCUUCACACUUUGAAGAAAGUAAUAGAAAAGUCUCAGAAAAAUUAAGCACUCUCAUUAUUCUUGCAUUUAGCAAAUACUAAGCUUAAAUCAUAAUUGUGGUAAUCCUAAGUGACCUAAAACAGGAAGGUUUAAUGUCAGACAAUGAGAAAAAAACACUGUCUUUUUCUACAGUGAAUCUACAGGGGUUGGACAAUGAAACUGAAACACCUGUCAUUUUA